AUGCUGCAUAAAAAUGGUUACUGGUCGCUAUUAUGUCGUGGACGUAAGAAAAAAAUAGUGGUUCUAACUGUAAUUUUGGUACUCCUAUUAAAUUGUUUCUUUUAUGUCAGCUUAGAGCUCUAUAAUACCAUUAAGAGAAAAGAAAAACAGCCUUGGUACAAUAGUUUACAAUUUGAUAAAAACUCCUAUGUGGACGAAAGUGGGAUGCGAGUCAUAGUCGGACAUUAUGUAGGUGGUACAAAUGGUGGCAAUUUAUCUGAAGAAGUAAUACAUAAAAAUAAUUAUGCACCUGUGCCGGGGGCUGGCGAAGGAGGGCGACCAGUACAGUUGUCUCAGCGAGAACUCAUCACUGCCCGGGAACUGUACUCCCUACACUCGUAUAACAUCCUCGUCAGCGACAAAAUAUCUAUCAAUAGAAGUUUGCCAGAUAUGCGUAGUGAUAAAUGUAAAGAAGUGCAGUUCGACUUGGAAAACUUGCCUACAGCGACGGUGAUAAUCGUGUUCCACAAUGAAGCGUGGUCUACUCUCAUGCGGACUGUUAUGUCGGUGCUCAUAAGAUCACCUGCUCAACUAUUGCAACAAAUAAUUCUAGUGGACGAUGCGAGCGAUAGAAAAUAUCUUUUCGAAGAGUUGGACGAAGCUGUGGCGAAGUUAAACAAAGUGAAGAUAUUACGGAACCCUGAGAGGAAAGGGUUGGUUGGGGCGCGGCUGAUGGGUGCAAGGCAGGCUACUGGAGACGUACUAGUCUUUCUUGAUGCGCACUGUGAGGUCACGAUAGGAUGGCUGGAACCAUUGCUAGACCGUGCAGGAAGCGACGAUGUCUUCAUAUGCCCACAUAUAGACCUGUUGUCAGAAGACACCCUAUCAUACGUGAAAAGUAUUGAUGCCCAUUGGGGAGCAUUCAGUUGGAGGCUGCAUUUUCGAUGGUUAGUACCUAGCGGCGAAGUGCUUAAAAAGAAGUCAGAAAAUCCUUCAAAGCCGUAUCCAACCCAGCUAUGGCUGGUGGUCUUUUUGCAGUCAGAAAAAGUCUUUUCUGGCGCCUCGGAGGGUAUGACGAGGGUAUGGUCAUUUGGGGAGCAGAGAACUUAGAGUUGUCAUGGCGAGCCUGGCAGUGUGGAGCCAGGGUAGAAAUAACAUCGUGUUCCCGCGUCGGACAUAUAUUUAGAAGACAUAGCCCCUACAAAUACCCUGGUGGGGUCACAAAAGUCCUCUACGCAAACUUAGCUCGAGCUGCCGUAGUCUGGAUGGAUGAGUGGGCAGACUUCUACUUCAAAUUCAACCCUGAAGUAGCCUCGUAUCGCGAUCAACAGUCAGUUGCGAAUAGAAUAGAAUUAAGAAGAAUUUGAGUUGCAAAAGCUUUGGGUGGUACUAAACAACGUUUGGCCACAACACUUUUUCCCAACCGAUGAUAGAUGGUUCGGGAGGAUAAAGAAUGAGAAAGGAGCUUGUAUAGGAGUUACUGUUGGGACAGUAGGGUUGGGAAUACCAGCAGUUGGAAUAGAUUGUACCAAACAAGCUGAGUUCGAAAGCUUAGUCGUUUUUACUCCUGAAGGUAAGUUAAUGGUGGACGAAGGUUGUGCUUACAGCAAGCGAAUGGGCGAGCUAUUUGGAAGAGUUGCUCUGAUAGCAGUAAACAAAUUUGGGAGCAGAAGGGUCCUAGAUUAAAAACCCAGGAUGGUCAGUGCCUCACAUUAGUGGUGACAAAAAACAUGCAUGGUAUCGGGGACCCCUUAACAUCAAAACGAUGCCUCACAGACGAUAAACAAAUAUGGCAUUUUGAACGCGUGCCUUGGCGUUAA